CUAGACACCCUUCUGACGUCAUUUUCAAGCCGACUUGCUUUGCCUGGUCCUAAGUGUCCCGUUCAGCGUGUGUUCCACGGUCAAUCGACCUGUGAAAUCCGUCCGCCGGUUUCCACCGCUGUAAACAACUGUCAACAUGUCCCGGUGCCUUGCUUUGGCUCGGUUUGCUCUCACAUCUUCGCAGAAGGCAAGUUUACGGCCUCUCUCCACCGUGAGAGGGCUAAGUUGCCGAGCUGUCGCGUGCCCCAUGACUGGAGACUUGCAGGUUAAACUGCGGCAGAGGUGGAGCAGUCGGCCACAGGUGUGGAGGUCACAGUGGUCCUGCCUGGGCUUCGGCCAGCAGUCUCAUUACAGCACCCAGGAGGUUGAGAAGGAACCCGAGGAGGAGCCUCUGCACACCAUCAUAAGUGAUACAGAGUCUGUACAAGGUAAUUUCUCAAAACAUGAAUUUCAGGCUGAAACAAAAAAACUGCUGGAUAUUGUUGCCAGGUCUUUGUACUCAGAGAAAGAGGUGUUCAUCAGGGAGCUGAUCUCUAAUGGCAGUGAUGCCUUGGAAAAACUUCGGCACAAACUGAUCACAGCCGGCGGGGAAACGGCUCCAAUGGAGAUUCACCUGCAGACAGAUGCAGAAAAGGGAACUUUUACCAUCCAGGAUACAGGAGUUGGAAUGAAUAAAGAGGAGCUGGUUGCCAAUCUUGGUACAAUUGCACGCUCUGGCUCCAAGGCUUUCUUGGACGCUUUGCAGAACCAGGCAGAGGCCAGCAGCACCAUCAUUGGUCAGUUUGGAGUUGGUUUUUACUCGGCCUUCAUGGUGGCCGACAAUGUGGACGUGUACUCCCGCUCCGCAGAGCCGGAUGCGCCCGGGUAUAAGUGGUCCUCAGACGGCUCUGGAGCUUUUCAGAUUGCAGAAGCCACUGGUGUUCAACAGGGAACAAAAAUCGUGUUGUACCUCAAAGACGACUGCAAGGAGUUUUGCUCUGAGGACAGAGUCAAAGAGGUUAUAACAAAGUACAGCAACUUUGUGAGCUUCCCUAUCUUUCUGAACGGACGGAGGCUCAACACUCUGCAGGCCUUGUGGAUGAUGGAGCCGAAGGAGAUCAGUGACUGGCAGCACGAGGAGUUCUACCGUUAUGUGGCUCAGACCUACGACAGGCCCCGCUACACCCUGCACUACCGCGCAGACGCUCCGCUCAACAUUCGCAGUAUCUUUUACGUCCCAGAAUCAAAGCCGAGCAUGUUUGACGUGAGCAGGGAGAUGGGCUCCAGUGUGGCUCUGUACAGCAGGAAGGUCCUGAUCCAGACCAAAGCCACGGACAUCCUGCCCAAGUGGCUGCGGUUCCUGCGAGGUGUGGUGGACAGUGAGGACAUCCCGCUGAACCUGAGCAGAGAGCUGCUGCAGGAGAGCGCCCUCAUCAGGAAGCUCCGUGAUGUUUUACAGCAGAGGGUGAUCCGCUUCCUGUUGGACCAGAGCAAGAAGGAGCCAGAGAAGUAUAACAAGUUCUUUGAGGACUACGGCCUCUUCAUGAGGGAGGGCAUCGUCACCACCCAGGAGCAAGACGUCAAGGAGGACAUUGCAAAGCUGCUGAGGUUCGAGUCCUCUGCUUUGCCAGCCGGCCAGCAGACUAACCUGUUGGAGUACGGCUCCCGCAUGAAGGCGGGAACGCGCAACAUCUACUACCUGUGCGCCCCCAACAGACACCUGGCAGAGCACUCCCCCUACUAUGAGGCCAUGAAAAAGAAAGACAUGGAGGUGCUGUUCUGCUACGAGCAGUUUGACGAGCUCACCCUGCUCCAUCUGAGGGAGUUCGACAAGAAGAAGAUGAUCUCGGUGGAGACCGACAUCGUGGUGGAUCACUACAAGGAGGAUAAGUUCGAAGACGUUAAGCCGGAAUCGGAGCGUCUGACACAGGAGCAGGCCGACGACCUGAUGGCCUGGAUGAAGAACACUUUGGGCCCCAGAGUCACCAACAUAAAGCUGACCCCCCGCCUGGACACCCACCCGGCCAUGAUCACGGUGCUGGAAAUGGGAGCUGCACGCCACUUCCUGCGCACCCAGCAGCUGGCCCGCACCCCUGAGGAGAGAGCCCAGAUUCUGCAGCCCACUCUGGAGAUCAACGCCGGACACGACCUGAUUAAGAAAAUGCACAGUCUGAAAGAAUCCAACUCUGAACUGGCUGGAUUGUUACUGGAGCAGAUCUACGAUAACGCCAUGAUCACAGCAGGCUUGAAUGACGAUCCACGGCCGAUGAUUUCCCGCCUCAACGAUCUCCUGACUAAAGCUUUGGCCAAUCACUGAGGAGUACGUGCGGACUAAGUUAAUUUAUAUGUGAAUGGCUUACAGACUGACGGGCCAACACUGGCUAAGAGGGCAGAUUCUGAAAAACACUGUUCUCCCCUCUGGAACGCUGCUGUCAUGCUGAUGGAGUGCACACAAACCUUAAAGGAAAUAAUGGGAGGAAAAUUAACCCUGGGAAGCUUCUCCAUCCAUCUUCUGUGUUUGUCAUCAUUACUCAGCUUUACAGCCAUAAAGAAGCUGCUCGUUGUUGUGUCCUUGUGACUUUGACUUCCUAAACAUGUCAAGAUGCUUUUUAAAUAAAUGAGAUCUUGUUUCCAAGUGAGAAUAAACAGCGAGGCUCAAUGCCCUCUAACUUAAUACUCUGGAUAUAAAUUUGCUGUAAGUAAAAGCUCAAAGAAGAAAAAAAGCACAAAGAACACAAGAUAUUAAACCGGUCCUUAGAAACUGGCCUUUGCAAAUAUUUCAGAAAACCUGCUGAAAUGGGGUGAAAAGAUGCCUGGAGUUAGUGUGGAGUGCAGGUGCUUUAGAUUUAAAUGAAAAAAACCUCUACAGUGUCCUGCCUUGAGCGUUCAUUAAGACGUGGUUUGAAUAAAGCCAUCAGAGGGUAAAUGCCGAGUUUAGAAACUAUUUAAGAGGGAAAAAACA